AUGCGGCUGCUGCAGGACACCCUUGGCGAGGGGCAGACUGAGGCGCUGACGUUGACAGGGCAGGAGUGGAGCAAGAAAGGUGUUGAUGAAAAGCUUCAUGAUAAAAACCUUAAAGGUGUCGGCAUGGAUCAUGGUAUCGUUAAUGGUGAGGAGUCCAUUCCACACAGCCGCCCAUACAUGGUCUACAUUCGUGACAAAAAAAGUCAUGCAGCAUGUGAUGGAUUUUUGAUAAAAGAAGAUUUUGUGAUGACGGCUGCCCACUGCAAACAAUACAUUAUUCAUCCCAUGGUGUAUUUGGGUGUUGAUGACACAAAUCGUUUACCUCAUGGUAUAGAGGUCGAUGCCAUUCCACAUCAAGAUUUUGUGAACAAGCAAGGUCAUGACGACAUCAUGCUACUAAAGCUUAAAACAAUAGCAACUCUGAAUGAGACCGUGAAAAUCAUUGGCCUGCCAAAAACUAGGGGAGAGGCGAUCCCAAGUAACUGCAUGGCCAUGGGUUGGGGCUGGAAAGAAUACACUCACACGUCUCCAUCAAAUGUCCUGAGAGAAGUAAACUUGACUCUUACUCAAAACUGUGACACACCUGACCUUAUAUGCACUCGGGGAACAGCCGGGCCAUCACGGGGAGACUCUGGUGGUCCACUUAUUUGUGGAAAUGUCCCACACGGCAUUGUGUCUUACAACAUUGGGAAUAAGUCUACAGGCUACAUUACGAUGUAUACUAAAAUCUCUCACUUCCUUCCAUGGAUUCAUAAUAUUAUGAAUAGGCCUACAACUCUUUAAAGCAACAUAAAUCAUGUAAGGCAAAGCUGAGUCAACUCAACAUUUUAAUCUGAAAGCAUGUCUGAUUUAAGUUCUUCUGCAUUUUUAUGUACCUGAUUGAAAUAAAAGCAAACCUU